GCCAAGUACAGAUUCCGGUGAAAGCGCUCCGAGUUUGAGAGACAGACGAACUGACGGAUACAAGACACAGACACUGGACCUUAUCGACCACUACAUUUCAGCAUUGUUUUUGACCGUAACAACAAGAAGAUGCCUCUUGGUGAUGACUGCCAUGCCUGGAAAAAGAAGACCACGGAUGUAAGGGAUCAUUAUGACUUCAAAGAGGUCCUGGGAACGGGGGCGUUCUCUGAGGUGGUCCUGGCCGAGGAGAAGAGAACCCAGAGGUUGGUUGCCAUCAAGUGUAUCCCUAAGAAGGCAAUAGAAGGCAAAGAAAACAGCAUAGAGAAUGAGAUUGCUGUCCUGCACAAGAUCAAACACACCAACAUCGUUUCUCUGGAGGAGAUAUUUGAAAGUAAAUCCCACCUCUACCUUGUCAUGCAACUGGUGUCAGGCGGGGAACUCUUCGAUCGUAUCAUAGAGAAGGGCUUCUACACAGAGAAAGAUGCCAGUAAACUCAUUCUGCAGAUUCUGGACGCUGUCAAAUACCUCCACGACAUGGGCAUCGUUCACCGAGACCUCAAGCCAGAAAACCUGCUCUACUACAGCAUGGACGAAGACUCCAAGAUCAUGAUCAGUGACUUUGGUCUGUCUAAAAUAGAAAGCAGCGGCAGUGUGAUGUCCACAGCAUGUGGGACACCAGGAUAUGUCGCCCCUGAAGUGUUGGCCCAGAAACCCUACAGUAAAGCAGUAGACUGCUGGUCUAUCGGUGUCAUAGCCUAUAUUCUGUUGUGUGGUUACCCUCCUUUCUAUGACGAGAAUGAUGCCAAACUGUUUGAGCAGAUCCUGAAGGCAGAAUACGAGUUUGAUUCCCCCUACUGGGAUGAUAUUUCUGAUUCAGCUAAAGACUUCAUCGUCCACCUGAUGGAGAAAGACCCCAGCAUACGUUUCACCUGUGAGCAGGCUCUAAUGCAUCCCUGGAUUUGCGGAGAUACUGCUCUGGACAGGAACAUCCAUGAGUCUGUCAGCGCUCAGAUCAAGAAGAAUUUUGCUAAAAGCAAGUGGAAGCAAGCAUUCAACGCCACAGCAGUGGUUCGUCACAUGAGGCGUCUUCAGCUGAGUACUGGUCAAGAUGCAGGUACCAAAGUCAUUUGUUUCUCUCUUUCACACACAAGGUUACAACAUGAGCAUUCUGUAAAGUUGGGGCUUCUCUUAAAAACACACUGUCUCUCUUCUGCAGAGGGGUGUUGUGAAGAGGGGUGUUCCCAGAACCACGAUGGCGCUGACCAUCUGUCUAACUGCACCUACCACUGCCACCCAACUAGCAGGGUGUGAUCCUGCACCCCCUCCACUAACCUGUCUAAUCAAUCCCAGCGACUUUCCAAUUUUAACCCCCUCGGUGGAACCAGAGGCACCAUCUCCUCCCCUCACCUGGUUAGGAAUACAGCGUCAUUCCAGCCUCUCGCCUGCAGGGGGAGCAAGACUGUCCAGCCUGAGAAGGAAGGCAUAAAGGGGAUGUAAGCUGGAGAAAGAGGAAGACUUGAUGAUCAUGAUGAUUUUGAUAAUGGUGAUGAUGAUGCACCUUGAGUGGAUCAGUUUUACAGACUGAGGUGGUAGUUUGAGGGGAGUUGAAAUUGAGAGAGGGGCUACGAAGGCAGGAGGGGAAGAUGACCUCCUCCACCAGCAUGUCAGGGGGUUUGUUUUUUGCAGAAGCAGGUCAGACCUUGUUGGACUCUGUUUUUACUCAUCAUCACUGUUUCAACCUGUAACUUUGUUUUAUUGUUAUACAUAUUUUUGUGUUGUCUUUUUAACCUUCCACUUUUAGACUUGGGAGUGUAAAUCCUUAAUUAUUAGCUGCAUGAUGAGGAGAGAGUUUCCCCCAGUCAUGUCUUACCUUUGAAGUACACCUUUGCAGAGCUGCAGCAUUGCAGUAUGAUGCAAACAUUGAAGUAUUGUGUACAAACUCAGAGAGCAUUUUUCUAAGUUGCAUAUUGACAUUUUUAUGAAAAGAAUAUUUUAAUUUUACAGAACUGCAUUCCUUCUAAAAGUCCUGCUUUUAGACAAUCAGUUACUGAAGAGUUUAUGCAAUGAAAAGUCCAUAAAUGUAGCCUUUUAUUGUGGGGAUCUCGUGUGUCCAUGCAGUGGUUUUAGGUUUUUUGCGGGGAAAAGUUGCCCCAUUCUCUUUUUUAUCCCAGACCUCCAACUAUUUGAGCACAGGGAUAUAUCUUUGUCUAAGGUGCCUUUAGGAUAAACUAUAUUGUGAUGGGUUUUUUUCUCCGUCUAUCUUUUGGAAUAUUGUCAACAUAGUUUUGCUGCAACUUCAUGUUUUGUAUGUUUUUACAUUUCCAGCUAUAAGAUGCAGUUUAAUGCUUUUGUGUCAAAGUACUGUAACCUCUGAAGGGAGGCCUGCCCAUAUUAAGUACACUGCCCUUAUGGUCAAGUUUGUUUUCUUGUUGUUUUCAUCUUAAAACCCAAAUUAAAAUAUACGUUUGAUCAUAAAAUGGGGAAAGGAAUUACUUUAAAUGACAAAGAUUUAUGUAUAAAGUACAUUUUUCUACAAAGUCUAGCAUUUGUCAACAACAAAGACGUAUUCUGUAUGCAUGAUGAAGACGGGUUAAAGAAGGAAGAAAAAAUAUUUUGUUUAAUGCAAACAAAGGGAGAGGUAUGUGAUAUGCAUCUGUCACCAUGUACUGUAAUCAUGCCGUCAUUACAGUCCUUUUUUACAUUAUUUUCAGUGAUGUGUGCUUCAUGCAUCACCUGUUUGAAAAUGAAGCAGAUUAAAGAAUAAGGACAUCCAUCAGAUUGACUCACUCCAUCUUUAAUGUUCAACCAUCAGUACUUUUGGUCUUUGUGCACAGAGUAUCUCAUUCAUCUAGCUUUUUACUCUCCUGAUAGUGGUCCUUUUUACUAGACCUUUUAAGGAAUGUGUAAAUCAUUACAGGAAAACUUUUGAGUAUUUGAUGCUGAAGAUGCUGCACGUUAUUUUAAAUCCUUUGUACUUCACUGUGUGGCCUGUCAUGGUCAAGAAGUGAGGGGCAGUCUUACCUGUCGAACAGUGUCUUUAAGCUCUGAAAUGGUAGAGAUGAUAAUGUGAUGCAUGAUGUGGCUUGAAAUGUGUGAUCCAACAAUGAAUAGCCUGUACAUAACUUGUGGUGAUGUAGCAUUUGCCAAGGGAAAUAUUUCCUCCUCACGAAGCUCAGAAUUGUUCGAGAAAUUUGUUACAAAGACAAGUAAGAAGCAACAAAAUCUAUAACACAUCUACAUGUUACAGAAAGUUUAAUGUGCUUCUGCAGAAGUAUUUCAAGCUUUAAUCUGCAUUUCUAAUGAAUGGGUGUUGUAGUUUAUAUGGGAAGUAAUGUUUCAAGCGUUCAGAUUUUUGGCUGUGAAUAGUGAACCGUCUGUACCUGAAGAAUUCAUGUGACAGGUGAAGACCUAAACAGGCACAGGAAAGUAGGAUAGUGAGGCCCUAGUCUUAUUAAUUUUGGCUGAGUGUGAACAUGACGAUUCAUCUACUGUUACUGAAAAAUAUGGUGCUAAUUUAAAACAUCGCCACAAACGCUGUCAGACUGAUUAAGCUCCUGUACCCUGCCAAAUGAUGAUGACUAAUUGUUAAAGUAUAAAUAUACAAAGGUUUUAACCUCAUCCAGCUUUGGCACAGUCAGUCCCAAAAGUGCUCAUUAAACCCCCAAAAAUUAAAUGACACAAAAAAUGACACAGUUUCUAUUAUGAAGCACGGUGGAUAGUUGUUAAAAUUGAGUGAGAUGAUUAGGCAAUGAAGCAGGAAAGAAUUCCAGUGCAAUGAAACAGGUGAUGAAAUGCAUAAGCAAGUAAUAUCACAUUACCUCACCACUCAACCACCUGGGUUAUUACCAGCAUGGUUUCUUAGGAAGUAAAACUUGCCCUGACAAGUUGUGUGGAUAAAUUGCUUCAGGUUUUGCAUUAUCAAUGAUCAUAUUGUCAACACUUACAUGUCGGUCAUGGAGUUUGCAGAUGGAUAUUAAGGUUCUCCUUUGAUAGCUCAUUAACCCUUUAUAUGUUGAGAAUUCCCAGGAUCAGGAUCUUACAAGAACUGUUGUACUGUAACAGUGUACAAUUAAUAUUUUGCCUUCAAGAAAUGCUGUCAGGGGUUGCAACAGUGAUGUUAACAUAAUGUACACCGGUGCAAUGCAUCAUGGGUUGUAAAAAAGUGUCUACUCAGUGUGAAAGUCAGUGAACUUGUGCUUGGAAAAGAUUUGUAAGUGAAAUAGCCAACAUUAAAAUCCUUGUCUAUGCAUCAUGAA